AUGGCAGCGCUCAACGUUCAACGUUAUGUAACGUUCAACACUUGGGCAUUCGGGACACGACCUCUGUAAGCUUCGAAGCGGAAUGUCAGAAAAUGGUGGUGCAUCGCUGGGAGGGCUCGACGAGGAUGUCAGUCGCCACAUCCUCCGUGAGCUGUCUAGAAAGGACUUGUGGUCUCUUCUGCAGACAUGCCGCUGGCUUCGAGGGGCAUCCAUGCCCCUUCUGUUUCGAAAAUGUACGCUCAAUGUCCGCGGGCCGCGGAACGUGAUCGAACCAGAGAGGUUUCUGCCCGCGUCGUUCAGACCUCACGUCCAGACGCUGGUUCUCCGUGAUGCAUGUCCGGAUCAUCGAGUGGUAGAUGGACUGGAAGACCCGCCACACUACUUCACAGACAACCACAAGCUCUGUGGCGCUUUGCCUGGUCCCCCGCUCGCCGAUCGACUACGGGAAUUGCCUCAUCUACGGUCGCUCAGGCUCACAAUGUACCAUAACUCGAGACACGUCACGCACGGUCUGUCAUGGGACACUCUACGUGCCGUCUUAUCAGUGCCGCAUCUGCGCGAAUUUGACAUCGAGAAUAUGUACCUCUGCCCUGAGUUGCGCUCGGGGGAACAACUCCAAGUCAAUGUCGAAUCACUAUCUACGAUCACGUCGUUCCGCUACCAAUUGUGGCAGCCACGGGAGCCGCUCACAACCUCCUUCGAGACGGCUGCGCUGUCUGUCGUAUUGAGCCAAUUGUGCGAGACUCUCGAGACCUUGGACCUCGCCAGCGAACCUGCUCCUCUAUUCGCUCUAUCCCAGCUCCGUUGUCCCCGCCUUCGCAAGCUAGUCUAUCGCGGAACACCGUGGCAAACGCUGGCUGCACCAUUCAUAUCAUUUCACACUGGGAUGCAGGAUCUGCGGGCCUUCACCCUGAAACUCGACGUCACACCGGGAACCAUUCCGCAGGUGCUCUGGCCUGCUGGCUAUGAGGGCCCCUUCCCGUGGCCGGAGCUCGAGCGUUUGGUCAUCUCGUUCCCCAAUCCUCGGGAUGAGGUAUAUGACCACCUCCCAUCGUCCUUGCGGGCGCUGUCCCUGCGUUGCUGGCCCCAUGUCCAUGUGCAGAAACGACCGACCAAACCCAGUACACAAGCCCUCGAUCACAACGCGCUGUUGAGUUCCUCCGCCAUUCGCUCGAUCCUACGCCGAUGCAGCUCGUUGAACCUUGAUCACCUCGAGAUCGAGUAUCGCGCCGACGAUGAAGACGACGCACUUCUCCGACACGUUGUGAAGACGUUCCCGCUUCUCACUUCUUUGAAGAUCCAUCGCUAUCGGUCCGCGCUCGAAAUAGAGGAAGGGCGAGACGUGCCUGUAGAUCACAUUGCUCAGAUGCUCGUCCCUCUUUCUCGGCUUCGUCGUCUCAAGAUAUACCUGGAUUUAGUAAGGACACCGCGGCCUAGACCGGGCCCGGUAUGGAGGUCAAUAAGUUCACCUUACGUAUACGAUGCAUAUGCUGUUUAUGACUUCGAGGGAGCUGUACAAGGUAUGGCCAAAGUCUUCGCUCAAAAUCUUAGUUCCUCUCUACGUGAGGUCAUAGUAUAUAGUGUGUCAGAGAGUAGUCCUUACUGGCGUAUUUAUAACAGUGGGGAGUUGCGCUUAUCAGUAUAAAUGUAGUAGCGAAAGCUAGUAGCCUAGUCCCCGCGAGACAUGACAACCCUUGUGCAUACGGCGACUCGGAGGCAUGCAAGCUCACUUGAAGUUACCCUGGCAAAGUCGUAC